CCUGACUUCAAACAUCGUAAUAUAACUAGUAUUUGAAAGGUCACCAGACGAGUGUACAUCAGCUUCCACUCAAAACGUCAACAUGGCAUGUGAAGUAUCAAGCGCAGACAGUUUUUAAUAUGAGACGAAAACAUGUUUUAUUGCUCCGUUAAAGAACUCUGAAACUGCGCCACUUGGUGUCUCUUUUUAUAUGAUCAAGUUGUGGGAGAGACUUGUCACGGUUUUAGGGGGUUGGAAGUUCGUUUCGUUUGGAGUUUGUUGGGGGUUGCAGUGUGCGGUGGUUGGCCUGGCUUUUUGGGUGUGUGUGUAGAGGAGACGGCGUAGAGGCAGGGUGAGAUAUGGGAGAUCAGCGGACUUCUGAAACUGUGGUCACUCAGCGGGGUGAUUUUCUUUGGACACCGGACGAGGCUGAGAGUAAACAAGUCACACAAAUUGGAGCCUCUGCUUGUGGUGCAACGGCAGUCAUAAAUACAUUGAAAGCAUUGGAAGUCCACAGGGAUCAGGAUCAUGUUGCGUCGACUGUGAACACACGAUUACGAGCAAGUAGUGCCCCAUUGCCAGAGUACCUUUUCUCUCGGAGUGUGGCCGGAGUGUCGCACGUUGAUAUUAUUGAGGGACUGGACAAAGCAUCGGACGGCUCAGUGUUUGCCAGGUUCUUUCAUUUCUAUCCAGAGAGGCAGGUUGAUGUGCAGAAAUGGCUAACGGGAUGGAUCAACCGCGGAGUCGUUCCGAUAGCAACGCUCAACCUUCAGCAUGUAGUCAAUGGCGAGACGAGUAUCCCUGAUGCUUGGCAUCAUCAGAUGGUCUACGGCGUGACCAAGACGGGUAUCCUCAUGUGCAAUCCCCUCUCUGUGGAGGUGCCGUCAAACUUUCUUCAUUAUAUAAGCAGUGACUCAAUACUCAGGAUCCGACGAGUGGAUGUGAUCAGUCGAUGGGAGGAGAACACAGACUUGUCAGUUCUUUCUAAACAUUCUGAUCCUAGAUGGAAGGAAAUGGAUGUUGAAGGACAAGUCAAGAAGAUGCUAAGUGAACCUGAACCGUACAGCCAAUCACCAGACAGGAGACCGGUGGGGCUGCUCGCUGAUUGGCUCUUCAAGAGUCACAUUUGCAUACCAGCUGUUUACAAGUCUGGUAUCACUUUGUGUGUGAAGAAGGAGGACGAAUCGUCGUACAGACUACUGGUAGAAGAACCCGAAUUGCCCCUCCUUGUCAAACCUGUUUCCUGAGAAACUGAAACUAGACCUUUGCUAUAUCAAUUUUGAUGCAUACUAUCUGUAGGGCCAAAUUUCUUUGGGUCAUGCAAAACAAAUAUUAACUUGUUCAGCAAACGAACAAAGGAAACCAGUCAACAAAGCAAUAUAUUUAUUGUAGCAGUUUUGGCUGUUAACUGGUUUUUGCAAAUUAUAACCAGAGAGCCUAAUUGCAUUAAGGCCAAGUCACACAGGUCCCGAUAACGAGAACGUAAACAAUAAUGAUACAAAUGCACGCCCUCGAUUGGUUGAA